AUGGAUUUACUACCAGAGUCAAUCGAACAGAUCGGAUUCUUACCUGCAAACUUUUAUUUCUUUGGAGGUAUGCUAUUUUUCGCAAUCAUUCUUAAAUUGGUACCGGAUGCCGAUGAUCAUGAUCAUGUUGAUGAACAUGCUCAUAAAUCAGUUGAGAAAUCAGAGAAAUCCACAAGUGAAAAGAGUGAUGGUGCAUCCACUGAGAAGAGCACCAAAGAAAAAUCGUCAUCAACCACCAAAUUGAGAAAGGAGAAGAAAUCAACUGACGACUCUGAUAACACCGUUGCCGACAACAAAAACGACGACCACCACGAUGACGACGAUUUGAAAAAGAAAAAGAAAGACAACUAUUUGAAGAACUUGGGUGUUGUCACUGCAAUUGGAAUUAGUUUACACAAUUUCCCAGAGGGUGUAGCAGUGUAUCUCUCCUGUUUGAAAGGUAUCAGCGUUGGAAUGCCACUGAUGUUGGCUAUCGCUGCACACAAUAUUCCAGAGGGUAUGGCUGUUGCCGCUCCCAUCUACACUGCCACCGGAAGCAAAUGGACCGCAUUCAAAUAUUGUUUGUACAGUGGUUUGUGUGAGCCAUUGGGUGCCAUCAUUUUUGGAUUCUUCUUUAGAGAGUACAUGACUCCAUAUCUUGUACAAUCAAUGUUGGCAGCUGUAGCCGGUAUCAUGUUAUUCAUGGUUGUCAAAGAAUUGAUGCCAGCCACUCUUAAAUAUGUUGACUCUGCUACAAUUUCAAAUAUUAUUGGUAUGUUUGCUAUUUUCUUGAGUAUUUAUUGGUUGCACGGAAUGUUGCCACAUGAUCAUGGUGAUGAUACUCUCACACCAAAUGAAAAGUUGACUUUCAAUCAAGUUCAUGGUGCCAACGAUCAUGGACACAGUCAUAGUCAUGGUGGUCAUGGACACAGCCACGGUGCCCACAGUCAUAGCCACAGCCACGGUGGUCAUGGUCACAGCCACGGUGCUCACGGUCACUCUCAUUAA